AUGCCGCUGCAUCCCCCCUCCAACUCGUGCCUGACAGGCCCAGUCUACUUCGGGGUCGGCCUUCCCCACGCGGCUGUACGUACACCGUCCGCGCUGCACACUCAUCUGCAGACGGUGCGGAGCAACUUGCAGUGCGACUUUGUGGUCAUUCCGACGGCAGCCUUCUCUCCCGACUUUCCCACGUCCCCCGCUCCUGCGCCUUCUUCCCCUUCUUCCUCGCCGUCGUCUGCUUCGCAGGUUCCUGCCGUCCGCGCGUCGAUUCCCCUGGACCACUUGCCAGUGUACGCUGCUCAUCCAGAGAAGAAGGCAGAGAUCCUCUCUGCUUCCCUCGACUCCUUUUCGUCCUGUUCCUUCCGCGGCGUCGACGGCGGUCUCGUGGACUUGCCUGUCUCCAUCCCCUUCACGCCGAGCACCGGCUCCGACUUGGCCCUCGACUCGCAGACCUGGGCCUCGUCCAUCGUGUGCGAACUGUCUCCGUGGAUCUCCCCCGACCGCUGUCUCCGACCUCCGAGCCCCUCCAUUGCUUCCUCCUCUCCCUCGUCUUCGUCUCCUCCCGCCGCGUCUUCUCCAGACGCCUCUGACUCACCCGCAACCGAGUUGCUCGUGUCCUUUCCUGAAUCGUCUUCUCUCCGCUCCCGGGUGUCUCCGCAGUUCUCCCACUGGUCGUUCCACGUGGCCGCGUGGCAGCGCGAAAUGCAGUGGGCGACGCACGUCGGUGCGUACGCCGUGAUUGCGCCUGUGCCGAUCCCCGGCGAGGCUCCUGUCGAGUACGCGAGACAGCUCAGAGCGGCGCUCGGCCAGCUGCAGCCGCCGUCGGUCUGGGUGCGUCUCCCGCUCGUCUACCCGCGCGACGGAGUCGAGGCCUCGGAGGCGCAGCCCGCGUCUGUCUAUGACGACCCGUGGCAGCAGUGGCGGUUGAUUCGAGCCUUCAUCGGCCACCACGCCGCUCUUGGUCUGUGUCUCGAGGUCACCGCCGACUUGCCGAGCGACGAGGAACUUGAUCGCUGGUUCGCCGAGCCCAUUCGCGCCGUCCUCGUCUCGCCUGCAAUCUUCACGUGCGCAGCGACGCUCGGGGCAGACAUCCACGACGAGGACGAAAACGGGGUCGGCAAGGCCGAUGGCGGUGAACCCGCCGAGGCGUCGAAGCGGAGUCGGAAACCUGGGAAGCGUUCCGGAUCAACUCCUGGGGGCGUCGGGCCGCGCGAAGGGUUGUCUGUGGCGCUUAGCCCCCGGCACUUUGCCUUUCUCUCUCGGUGUGCAGAGCACCGCGUGAAGAUCAUUCUUCGCCACGAAGAGGACGCGUGCGCGGAAGCAGCGGACGUGGGAGCCCUCGACCUGGCCAGCGCCGACGCCUUUCCUUCCCUGCAAGCUUCCACGUCGCCGGGCGACACUGUGGUCUCGGCGUCUCCCCAGGCGAACUUCUCCGUGAUGGAUCUGCAGCCGUACCUUUCGUACAUUGUCGCGCGCUUCCUCCAGCUCCCGACGCUCUCGCCGGCGGCGCUCUUUUCCGCGCCCUACCGCGACGUGCUGCAGUCGCCCAUGCAGCCGCUCGCCGACAAUCUGAGCACGAUGAACUAUGAAGUCUUUGAGAAAGACCCAGUGAAGUACGUCCGCUACCGCCAGGCCACGCUCCGGCGUCUCCGCGAAAUCUGGGGCCCUGAGACGCGUGCGUGCGAAGAGACAGCGGAGACACCCGCGAAGGGGACGAGCCCGAGCGGGGCGCACGCGACGGCGGGGAAGGGCGAGCGGGCGUCUCGGCGCGCAAAGGCGAAGAAGACCUCGCGACGGGGUCGCGGCUCCGCGGAGACAGACAGCGACUUCGGCGACUCGUGGAGCGAGGACGACGACGCGACUCCCUCAGUCGCUCGGCCUGCCGCGUACGCCUGGUGUCUCGGCGGCGAGGAUUGUCCUGCGCACCGACACCUUCCCGAGGUCUUCGCCGACGGCCGCCUCGGGCGCCUGGUGAUCAUGGUUGUGGGGGCGGGGCGCGGACCUCUGGUGCAGGCGGCGCUGGACGCGCUGCGCGAGGCGGAGAUUCCGCUCUGCCGCGUGCACAUCUACGCCGUGGAGAAGAACAGCAACGCGAUCAUCACGCUCCGUUCGCGGCAGGCGACCGAUCCGUGCGAGGGCUGGCGGGCCGUGCGCGUGAUCGAAUCCGACAUGCGCGAAGUCGGGCUCGUGACCGAGAAGGCCGACAUCCUGAUUUCGGAACUCCUCGGCAGCUUCGGAGACAACGAGUUGUCCGUCGAGUGUCUCCACGGCGCGCAGCUAAAGCUGCUGAAGCGCGGAGGCGUCUCCAUUCCGACCGCGUACGUCUCGAGCGUCGAGCCCGUCAGCUCGCCGCGGCUCUGGACUGCGAUUGAGAGCUACGGAGACGCGAAACACUUUGAGUCGCCGUACGUCGUGGACCUCUUCGCGGUGUACAGAGCCGGCGUCGAAGGCCCACUCGAGUGCUUCCACUUCCGACACCCAGAGCCCCUCCUGCCGUUCGCCGGCGAGGAAGGGGACACGCGGACCUCCGGCGCGGGCGGCGCGGCUGAGACGGGAGACAGGGAGACACCUGGCGAGGCCGCGAAGGGCCCGAAGAAGGCCUUCGGGGAGCGCCCUGCGUCCCCGACGUCGCAGCAGCUGACCACGUGGCGUCACAGGCGCACGCGCCUCGCGUGGCACAUGAAGGCAGACGCGCUGAUUCACGGCCUUGCAGGCUACUUCCACUGCUGUCUGUACAAAGACGUGUACAUCUCCAUCGAUCCGCGGUCGUUCUCCGAGGGUAUGUUCAGCUGGUUCCCGCUCUUCCUCCCGUUCCGCGUGCCGGUGUACGUCCAGCGCGGCGAAGAACUCGAAGUGUACCUCGCGCGCGAAGGCGACGGACACCGCGUCUGGUACGAAUGGGCCUCCGUCAAGCCUCACAGCAGCGAAAUCUACAACCACCUAGGGAAGCACUACUUCAUCGGAAAGUAG